AUGCGCCACGCUCUUGACACGGUCCGUCUGGAGACGGACGCCCAAGCGCGCUCGCACCAGCAGCUGGUGAACUCGAUCCGGAAGGAGGUGCAAGAUCCCCUCUCUGAUUUCAUGGCGCGCGUAGAGAGUCUGCGCCGGGACGCACAGACGACGGUCGUGAAGCUGUUCAAGCACAAACAUACGCAAACGCAGUAUGUACAGCGCUCUCGUGAGAAGUAUGAGACGGACUGCAUGAAAAUCAACGCGUACACAGCCCAGAGCAAUCUCGUGCAGGGCCGCGAGCUUGAUAAGCUAAUGGCUAAGCUGGAACGCGUGCAGGCCAACAUUGAAUCUGACGACCGCGACUACCAGAGCUACGUGCGAGCUCUGCAGGACACGACCCAAAAAUGGAAUGCAGAGUACAAGAGUUUUCUGGAUAUCUGUCAGGAUGUGGAAGAGGAGCGCCAGGAGUUCCUCAAGACUAACCUAUGGAGCCUGGCCAAUGCAGUGUCCAGCGUCUGUGUGACCGACGAUGAGGCCUGUGAACGUGUGCGUGUGUCGCUGGAGGGAUGCGAGGCGCAGCGUGAUGUCCAGAUGUUUGUGCGGGAGUUUGCCACGGGCUCUGUGAUCCCCACGGCGCCCGAGUACAUCAACUACGCACAGAACACUAUGCUGCCACCCCAGAAUACGACAGGCCAAGCGCACUUUGCGCGUCUGUCGAUGCGCGAUUCAGAGGGUAUGCCGCCACCCAGCUCGACCAUGCUUGCCAAGCAGCCCAUCCUCUCGCCGUCGCAGCUGCAGACGCCAGGUCUGCGUGCACCGACACCGGGUAUGAGUCCUGGAGCAUCGCCAGGGGCGACUUCGGUUUCAUCUGCCAUGUCGCGCACGCCUGCGUCUCUUGCGUUGCAGACGCCCAGUGUGCCUAGUCAGCCCAGCUACCUCGCUACCAUGAGCCGUACGCCGCCCCCACAGGCGAUUUCGCCGUCGGCGCGGACGCCGCCACCGUCCACAUCGAAUCGCAACAGUAUGUUUGCGCCUGGUGCGCUACCGCUAGCACAGAACCAAGCGCCGUCGCCGACGCCGUCACAGCCGAGCUCCCGUCCGACUUCCCGUCCGACCUCACAACUGCUCGCAGAACCGGAAGAUACGGAUGAUCCUAUCGCCAAGGCCCUAGCGAACUUGCGCAUGCGUCAAAGCCGCAAGAGUCCUGCGCCAGGCAGCCGGCCCACGAGCAUGCUGAGCACGGCGGCGGUCGACAAGGAAUUGCCGGCGAUGCAGGACGCCGGAGCUCCGGCGCCUGCCGCUACACCCUCGAUGGUGGAUCCUCGCUGGCAGCGUGCCAUCUCGCCGGAACCAUCGGCACAGCGGGCUGUGUCGCCGGAUCCGCGCAUGCAAGCGCGGCCCAUCUCGCCGGCCGCUGCCUUUAUGAACCCGCCGAUCCGCGGCACAUCACCGAUCCCCGUGGAGAAGAUCCACAGUGCGUAUGGUCAGGCAUUCCCCAGCGAGCGUCGCUCGGCAAACAGUUCGCCUGUAAAGGACGGGCACGAGCCACAGCGGGCCACUACGCCACUGGGUCUCUCCCUGGACGCGAACGGCGCCGUGUCGCAAGACACGAUGGCCGGCCGGUACGGCCAGGCAGCGCCGGCCGGCGCGGGUUCAGCACCUGCGCACGCACCCGCGGGGGGCUCGCAGCUCGCACGUCCGCCCACGGGUCAGUACAGCGAGACGGGCGAACCCAUCCUAUUCUAUGUCAAGGCCCUGUACGACUACACGGCGACGCUGCCGGAGGAAUUCAGCUUUACGGCGGGCGACAUUAUUGCCGUGACGCAUACAGAGCCAGAUGGGUGGUGGCAAGGUGAGCUGCUGGACGAGGCGCGCCGUGUGCCGGGCGCCUACACAUUCCCCAGCAACUUUGUCGUACUGCUCAUGUAG